AUGCAGCUUACCGUGGAGGCAAUUGAUCCAUCAGCACAAAUUGGUCUGGACAAUUACCGUGGGUUUCUGGACAUUUAUUGCAUGCGUGAAGUUUUAACGGCAUUCAGUCCAGGACGUGCAGUUCGGUUCAAAGCAGUCCAUAACCGAUCACGCAAGGCUCGGUUCCAGGUGAAAAUAGAACGGACACAUUUGGCACGAAUCGUGGUGAAAUUGCCCAAACUCACAAUACCAAUAUCAGACCGCAUGGCAGUGCCCAACUUUGAAUUCGUUUCCAAGGACGUGAUCACACAGAAGUAUUUGCGAGAACUUUCAAAGAAACUCCCAGGUGACACGUGGCGUCGACUUGGAAUGGCACUGGACCUGCCACGAGCCCGAAUUCAGGCAAUUGGUGGGAAAUCCGCGUCGGCUGUGGAAGACUAUGCGUAUGCUAUGUUCCUUUCAUGGAUCAAAACGCUACCGGUCUCGGCUGAUCGUGUAAACCUUCUCCAUCAAGGACUGAUGGCUAUCGGUCGAAGCGAUCUGGCGACGGAGUUGCGCCAGCUCACCGCAGAUUACGUACACGACGGAUCGGAUACCAGUACAUGA